AGGGUAUGCCCAGUGCACGAUACGCGUCUCAUCCGUAAGCUUCAAGGUCCUUCGUCUUCGAGGAUAUCGUCGUGUUACUGGCGAUCCGUAGACCUGGGGCGGAUAAAAUAACUGCACGAAUUCGUUCUACAGCCCGACGCUCGAGGAAAACAUUUACAAAUUCACGAUGAGAGGAAUUAUGCACAUCGUCCAAUUGUCACGUUGCCAUCUCCUUCUGGUACUUUUUCUUUCGGGAUGCGUCAACGCGGAGAUUGAUAGACGCACUACGAGGCAAAUGGUGGAAGAUGCGCCGGAAAAUCUGGCCUCUAACUUGAACAAAGAUUGCGGCAAGUCCUACAGUGCCACGUGCCUUAAAUUGGACGUGGUGUCCUUCCUGGAUAAAUUGUCGGAGCAGGAGAACAUCGGUAUUCUGCCGGGUGUAUCUGUGAUCAAAGAGAACGGUUCCGCUGACGUCCCAGCAUCGGAAGUAGUCGCUAAUUUGGCGAGGGAUUUCCCGAACGAUGUUGAGAAGAGGUUGGAUGCCUAUUUGAUUCAUAAGGUCGGCAGUUAUCUCAACAGCCACUCGAUUUCCAUCAAACUUUUCGAUCCGAAGACUUUUGAAGCUACUAGGAGUUUCAACGAAGAGACGCUUGCGCAGCUCGGCUUGGGUGGAGGAAACCAAAAUGUUGAAACAGGACGUAAAAAGGACAAAGGUAACAUGGGCGGAUUGAUGGCUGGUCUGAUGAUGAUGAAAGGAACUCUCGGCGCGGUUGGAUUCGGUGCACUUGCACUUCUCGCUGGAAAAGCUCUCAUGACCGGUCUUAUGGCACUGAUGUUAUCAGCCAUCAUUGGAUUAAAAUCCUUAACCCACGGCGGUGACAAGAAGACUACGUACGAAAUUGUUAGCAAACCGGUGUAUUCCAGUUCGCAUACGCAUAGCUCGGAGGAGCAUCACGGACACGGAUACGGACAUUCCGGAUAUGGAAGGUCUCUCGAUACCGUUCAGGACUCUAUUCAGCAGGCCGUAUUGAAGUACGGCAACGCGCACGAUCGUAGAUCGCUUUUGCAGAAUUAAAAUCAUCUAAUCAACGAGGUGUUUUCGCACACCGCCGAUACACGAUAAAACCUUUAGCACAUCUCUACCUCACCGACUUCUCUCUCUCUCUCUCUCUCUCUCUCUCUCUCUCUCUUUUUUCAUUCUCAAGCACUAUCAACUUUUCUCCCUGUCUGUCUGUGCCUUUCUUUCAUUUCGUUGUUAUUUCAUCUUUGAUCGUUACCUAUCCUCCUUAUCAUCAUGAUACCUUUUGCCUUCUAAGAUCUCAUUCAACCUCAUUUCAUCGAUUCACAAAAUAUCACCCCUAUUAUUUAUAGUCAUAUAGGUAUUUAUUGCGGCCACUGUUGCAUUUUCGACUGAUACCUGUCAAGAAAGUGUAUCAUCGCCGAGCACGCAGAGUUGCCCAAGAUCAUGUACAUGAUUUUUGGAUAUUUAUUUCGUUAUUGUAAAGUUUUAAUAAUAAAGAACAUUUGUAAAAACA